AUGUCUCUUGGGAAAUUUUCUGCACCUGAUGCCUUCUACAACCAAGAAAUGAAACAACACACACUUCAAGAAAUCAUUUCAUCCACACGUAGCCCAGGAAAAUAUUCCAGACAUUCCCUGGAGUUGCUGGUGCCCAACACCCUGGAUUACAUGACCAUCAAGGAAUUGGAGAAUUCCCUAGAUAAAUGCAAGAAUGAGAACAUGCAGCAGAUCUUGACCAACACCACCAUCAUGGUGGUCAGUAUGCUGGCAAGGGGGCAGCAGCUGUCAGUGGAGGAGCUGGGCAGGAUUGAGGGUAUGUGUGACAUAGCGCUGGCUCUGAGCCGGGCCAAACUGUGCAUCUACAAGUAUGUGGAGUCUUAUGGGCCCUUCAUCACUCCCAACCUCUCUCUCAUCCUCGGGCCUCCUGGCUGCCAAGACCAGGGGGUGGCAGGGGGCCUGACCCUGCUGUCCAAGCUGCAACAUCCUCCCACUAGGAGCUUCUCCUCCACCUCUGUCCUGCCCCACACCAGCUUCACCCACCACAGCGACAUCACCUGGGCCCUGCCACUGGAUUUGAGGAGGAAAGAGGCAUGGCUCACAGUAGACACAUGCACACUGGCAGCCAGGGGGACAGCUGCCAUGAGAUCAGGACAGAAGGUAGGCUAUGAGCUGAGGGAGGGGAUGGAGCACAAGUUGGACAAGUGGCAGGAGCCCAUCCCUGUGAACCCACUGGCAGCGCCACUGGAUGGGCUGAGGGAGAGGAAGGGCCAAUGGUAGUGGAAGUUGAAGGAACGCUUGGGGCUGACAGAGAUCCACAAACAGGCCAACAGGAUGAGCUCUAGGGAGAUGGAGGAGGACAUCUACCAGGAGGAGCUCAGGUUCAGCCUGGGCCACCUAGGCAAGGCCAGCAGUGGCCACAUGUGCCAGACCCUGGUCCAUGAGGCCGCCAAGGCCCAGAUCAGGAAAGCCCUGCAGAGGACCCUGCAAAAGCAGAGGGUCAUCCACAGGGGAGAAUCCACAAUCCGGAUUUCUGUUUCUCAUAGUUCAUGCAUGGCCUCAAGCAUGGCCUUCACCCCCCUGCAGAUGUUGGAGAUUGUGAACCUACAGGCAGCUUGGAAGAAAGUGGCUGAGGCCAACCAGAACUAUUUCUCCUGCACAGACAAGUUUGUCAAGGUCAAGGGGAACAAAAAUGGGAUCCCCGUUCCCCCGACAUCACUGUCAUCCCUAAAUCCCAUCCUGUGA